GGGAAGUUUGCGAAAGAGCAGGAGAGGGGAGUGCGCUCGAAAGGGGAGAAGUUCUAUACAGAAGAAUUCGUUUUGCCCAGGACAAGCGAAUAACACCGUUUCCCGCAUGGUUUUAUUUAUAAAUAUUAGAACACGGUAGCUGGCGAGUUACCGCAAUUUUAGAAGCUGCAGGGAUUUGAGAUUAUUGUUGUUUGGCAAGUGAAGGUUUCGAGGUCGUGUAAACAAGGUCCCACAAUAAUGUUUUGUUUAGCUCGUGUUCUGAUUUUAUUGACUUUGUUGGCAGCGUGCAGUCAUGGAGCAAUGGAUGAAUGUAUGGACGAAUCGAAUCGGCCUCAGCGGUGCAUGCCUGAGUUUGUUAACGCAGCUUUCAAUGUAACCGUGGUAGCCACCAACACUUGUGGUUCUCCCCCUGAAGAGUACUGCGUACAAACUGGGGUUACAGGGGUCACAAAGUCAUGCCACAUCUGCGAUGCCUCGGACCCUAGGCUGCAUCACAGCGCUGUAUUUCUCACCGAUUACAACAACCAAGCGGAUACCACUUGGUGGCAAAGUCAGACAAUGUUAGCGGGCAUCCAGUAUCCCAACUCUAUCAAUCUAACACUUCACCUGGGCAAGGCCUUUGAUAUCACCUACGUGCGCCUGAAGUUUCACACCAGCCGUCCCGAGAGCUUCGCCAUCUACAAGAGGACCAGAGAGGACGGGCCCUGGCUGCCGUACCAGUACUACAGCGGCUCGUGCGAGAAGACCUACAGCAAGCUGAACCGCGGCUUCAUCCGCACGGGAGACGACGAGCAGCAGGCACUGUGCACGGACGAGUUCAGCGACAUCUCUCCCCUCACCGGAGGAAACGUGGCCUUCUCCACUCUGGAGGGCAGGCCGAGCGCCUACAACUUCGACAACAGCCCCGUGCUGCAGGAAUGGGUAACCGCUACAGACAUCAGAGUGACCCUGAACAGACUCAACACAUUUGGAGACGAGGUUUUCAACGAUCCCAAAGUCCUUAAGUCCUACUACUACGCUAUCUCUGACUUUGCCGUCGGAGGAAGAUGCAAGUGCAACGGGCACGCCAGCGAAUGCGUAAAGAACCAAUACAACAAGCUGGUGUGUAACUGCAAGCACAACACGGAGGGUGACGACUGCAACGUGUGCAAACCCUUCUACAACGACCGUCCCUGGAGGAGAGCCACGGCCGAGAACGCCAACGAGUGUCUGCCGUGUAACUGCAAUGGGAAAAGCGCCGAGUGCUACUUCGAUCCCGAGCUGUAUCGCGCCACGGGUCGCGGGGGUCACUGCCGCAACUGCGCCGACAACACGGACGGGCCGAACUGCGAACGCUGCCUGGACAACUAUUACAGGGAGGCGACGGGCAACCGCUGCCUGCCCUGCAGCUGUAACCCCGUGGGUUCUCUCAGUACACAGUGUGACAACACCGGCCGCUGCAGCUGUAAACCGGGAGUGAUGGGAGACAAGUGUGACCGAUGUCAGCCUGGAUACCACACGCUGACGGAGGCAGGCUGCAGACCCUGCUCCUGUAGCCGUUCCGGAAGCACAGGGGAGUGUGAUGUCCAAACAGGAAGAUGCCAGUGCAAGGACCAUGUAGAUGGCUUUAACUGUGACAGGUGUAAACUGGGCUACUUUAACCUGGACCCUCAGAAUCCCCAGGGCUGCACCCCAUGUUUCUGCUUCCAACACUCCACCGUGUGUGACAGCGCCGAGGGUUACAGCAUUCACACCGUCACCUCCACCUUUGACUACGACGACGAACAGUGGACAGCUCAGCAGAGAGACGGCUCCAGCGUGUCAGUGCAGUGGUCUUCCCGCUCUCAGGAGAUCUCCCUUGUCUCAGACGACUACUUCCCCAUGUACUUUGUAGCUCCAGAGAAAUUCCUUGGCAACCAGCUCCUAAGUUAUGGGCAGAACCUCACUCUGAACUUCAGGGUUGAGCGGCGAGACACCCGCCUAUCAGCUGAGGAUGUGGUCCUUGAAGGGGCGGGGCUUCGUGUGGCAGUGCCACUCAUUGCUCAAGGAAAUGCCUAUCCAACUGAACAAAUGCAGACGUUUGUCUUCAGGCUACAUGACACCACUGAUUACCCCUGGAGACCAACUCUGAAACACUCAGACUUCCAGAAACUUCUUCACAAUCUGACUUCUAUUAAGAUCCGAGGCACUUACAGUGAAAAGAGUGCCGGUUACCUUGACAACGUGUCCCUCGUUACUGCCCGCCGUGGUCCCGGUACCCCGGCUCGCUGGGUGGAGAAGUGCGUCUGUCCCCAGGGUUACACUGGGCAGCACUGUGAGCAGUGCCUUCUGGGAUAUCGGAGGAGCAGGCCCGAACUUGGACUCUUCAGCCCGUGUGAACCCUGCAACUGUAAUGGCCAUAGCGACUCCUGUGACCCUGUGACAGGCCUGUGCGACUGCCAGGACAACACGGCUGGGAUGAGCUGCGAGAGGUGUAAGGAUGGUUACUAUGGCGACGCCACGGUUGGCACGCCCUCGGACUGCAAGCCCUGUCCUUGCCCAGAGGGCGCCACUUGUGCAGUGGUGCCCAAAACCAGGGAGGUGGUGUGUACCAGCUGUCCCACAGGCACCACAGGUAAACGCUGUGAGUUGUGUGACGACGGCUAUUUUGGGGACCCCCUGGGCGAGGACGGUCCGGUCCGGGCCUGCCGGGCUUGUAAGUGUAACGACAACAUUGACCCCAACGCCGUGGGCAACUGCGACCGGGAGACGGGCCAGUGUCUGAAAUGCAUCUACAACACAGACGGCUUCUUCUGCGACCGCUGCAAAGAGGGUUUCUACGGCAACGCCCUAGCCACCAACCCCGCUGACAAGUGCAAACCCUGUUCGUGCUCUCCCUACGGUACCGUGGACCGGCAGACCAGCUGUCUGCAGGUAACCGGACAGUGUCAGUGCCUCCCCCAUGUCACAAACAGAGACUGCAGCGCCUGUGAACCUGGUUUUUACAACCUGCAGAGCGGCAAGGGCUGUCAGCGAUGCGACUGCAAUCCGAUCGGCUCCACCAACGGUCAGUGCGACAUCGCCAGCGGCCAGUGCGAGUGUCAGCCCGGCGUCACGGGUCAACAUUGCGAUCGCUGCGAAGUCAACUUCUUCGGUUUCGGGUCGUCCGGCUGCAAACCUUGCGACUGUGACCCGGAGGGCUCUCAGACGGCCCAGUGUAAGGAGGACGGGCGCUGCGAGUGCCGUCCCGGCUUCGUUGGCACUCGAUGUGACAUGUGUGAAGAAAAUUACUUCUACAACCGCUCCACCCCCGGCUGCCAACAGUGUCCGAACUGCUACAGCCUCGUCAGGGAUAAGGUGAAUCAACAGAGACAGAAACUGCACGACCUACAGACUUUGAUUGACAACCUGGGGACCAGUCAGGAGACAGUGAGUGACAAAGCCUUUGAGGAUCGUCUCAAAGAGGCGGAGAAAGCCAUCAUGGACCUGUUGGAGGAGGCUCAGACCAGCAAAGAUGUGGACAAAGGCCUGUUGGACCGUCUCAACAACAUCAACGGCACACUGAUGACCCAGUGGAACCGACUGCAGAACAUCCGGAACACGGUGGACAAUACAGGCACCCUGGCUGACAAGGCCAGGAACCGGGUCCGUGACGCAGAGAACCUGAUCAACAGAGCGCGGGAGGAACUGGACAAGGCCAAGGACGCCAUUAGCAAAGUGGACAUUAAAACACCUACUACCACUGGAGGUCCGAACAACAUGACCCUGCUGGCGGAGGAAGCACGGAAUCUGGCAGACAAGCAUAAACAGGACGCAGAUCAGAUUGAGAAGAUCGCUAAGGAUGCUAAUGACACUUCUACAAAAGCCUACAACUUACUGAAGAAAACUUUGGAAGGGGAGAAACAGACAAACAAGGACAUUGAUGAGCUCAACAAAAAGUACAAUGAUGCUAAGGACCUAGCGAAGAAUCUGGAGAAACAGGCCAAUAAAGUGCAUGCUGAGGCGGAGGAGGCUGGCAACAAAGCCCUGAAGAUCUACGCCAACCUGACCAGCCUUCCUCCCCUCGACACCAAGUCUCUAGAGGACGAGGCCAGUAAGAUCAAGAAGGAGGCCUCCGACCUGGACAAACUGAUCGAUAAGACAGAGAAGGAGUACACCGACCUCAGGGACGACCUGAAGGGCAAAGAGAAUGAAGUCCGCAAACUCCUGGAUAAGGGCAAGACUGAACAGCAGACGGCUGACCAACUGCUGGCUCGUGCGGAUGCUGCUAAGGCCCUAGCAGAGGAGGCAGCUAAGAAAGGCAACUCCACGUACCUGGACGCUCAGAAUAUACUCAACAACCUCAGAGAUUUUGACAAGAGAGUGAAUGACAACAAAACAGCCGCUGAGGAGGCCAUGAAACGCAUCCCAGCAAUCAACGCGACAAUCAACGCAGCCAAUGAGAAGACCAGGCAGGCUGAGGGGGCACUAGGCAACGCAGCAGCUGAUGCCAAAGAAGCCAAGACCAAAGCUCAGGAAGCAGAGAAAAUCGCCAGUGCUGUGCAGAAGGGCUCAGCCAAGGCAAAGGACGACGCAGAGAAGGCUUUUGACGACGCCAUGAAGCUGGACGGCGAAGUCAAAGACAUGAUGGAUCAGCUGAGCGCGGCUGAGAAGGAGCUGGCCAGGAAGAAAGCCGAGGCCGACCAGGACAUGAUGAUGGCCAGCAUGGCAUCAGACAAUGCUAAAGAAGCAGAAGACAAUGCCCGUAAAGCCAAAAACGCUGUCAGGACCGUCCUCAAAACAAUCAACGAUCUUUUGAGUCAGCUCGGUAACAUCGACAAAGUGGAUUUGAGUAAACUGGACCAGAUUGAUGGAUCUCUGAAGCAGGCCAAGAAAAAGAUGGCAGACAGCGAACUGGACAAGAAACUGAAGGAGCUCAAUGACGUGGCCAAGAAUCAGGAAGACAUGAUUAACGAUUACGACAGGCAGAUCAAAGAGAUUCGCGCCGACAUCGCCAACCUCGAGGACAUCAAAAACACUCUACCUGAAGGCUGCUUUAACACCCCAUCUCUAGAGCGGCCUUAA